AUGCCUAUAACCAACAACGAAAUAUAUGAAUUACUAAAGGAAGUUGCCGAAUCCAAUAAGAAGAUACAAAAGGAAAUAAGUGAUUUGAGACAGGAAUUUUCUAAAGAAAUCGAAGACUUGAAAUCACAAAAUUCAAAUCUCCAGAAAGAGAACCAGGAGCUAAAGAACAGAAUUCAUGCAGUAGAAAGACAGAAUAAGAAGUACAACCUCAUUGUAUAUGGUGUGGGAGAAGAUAUUGAUGACAUCGCAAACGAAAUCGUGCGAAUCAUAAAUGUUGUUCUGAAAAUAAACUGUACGCAAGCUAACUUCCGCAAUUUACAUAGAAUUGGGAAGAAAAUUGAAGGAAAAUCCAGAUCCAUACUCCUAGAGCUCAUCAGCUUCCAGCUCAAAGAGGAUAUUUUGAGACAGUGCAGGAAAGAAGGACAAGAAUUAAAAAAAAUCGGAGUGUCUUUUUGUAUUGAUUACACAACAGAAGACUAUAAAAAACAUAAAUUUCUUCGAAGACACCUAUUGGACGCUAGACAGAAAGGGCAUACUGCUAUUAUUAGGAACGAUACAAUUAUUAUCAACAAAGAGACCUACAGUUACGAAGACCUAAUAAAUAAUCUGAAAAGUAUUCCUUCCCUGGAUGGUAGGCAACCUGACGAUACCGAAGUAUCAAAUACAGCAACCAUCAUUCAAUUCAGCGGAACACCUAAAACAUUGACUCAAGACACCGUAGAUAAAAAAAGGAAACCUGAAGGAAGUCCAGAAGAGCAAAGUGCUAGAAAGCUCCGAGAACGCUCUUCAGAAAAACAGAGGAAGCAAUAA